CCUAAUUCGAAUCACCACUCUCUUCCUCUAAAUAAAAAAUGGAUUUCCUAAAAAUUGGUUUAGUUCUUCGGAAAACAAGAUUUUAUUGUAAUCUAAAUUAAAUAUUGGAUGGAUUAGAUAGUGGCGUAGAAAGUGGAGAAAUUGGAUAUUUCAGAAAAACCCAGCAAGGAGGAAGGGAGAGUCCCUUAGAAAGAGGAGAGAAAUGGAUAUUUCAGAAGAAAAAACCAGAGAAGGAGAAAGGAUUAAAGGAAUGGGAAAUGGUUUCCGUGGAUUGAACGGCUACAUCGUUUCGUGAAGGAAUGUUUUUGGUUUUUGGCUUUGUUUUUUUUUGUGAAGAAUCGGAAUAGGAAAGAAACCCAUUCUUAAUCUUAAUAGGAAAGCAGUGGUAGAGAAGAAGUUGAAGCUGGGUAUUUCCAAGUCCUAACCUUUCUUUCUUCUUUCCUUCAUUGUAUGUUGUUAAGAGCAAAAGAAAGAGGGAGGAAAGGGAGUUUUUUUUUUUUGGGUUCUUUAGAAGCUCAGACCCUUGAUGAUGGAGGAUUCUGAGGAGAAGCCCAUUAAUGGAGUUGAAGAGAAAGAAGAGGAUACAUUCAUUGAAGGAAUGACUGUAUUGGAUUUCGAUAUGCUUUGCUCUACUGUGGCAUUACAGACGCAAGGUUUUUCGAAGGAGAAAUGGGAGAAAUUGGGAGAGGACAUCGAUGGUACAGAGAUUGGUGGAGUCCAGAGGAUGUGGGAAGGUGAAGUCCUUGAUUGCUUCGUAGACCGUCGAAUCGCCAUCGAAACGGCUUGCUGCCCAUGCUACAGAUUCGGGAAGAACAUGGGAAGAGCUGGUUUUGGUUCUUGCUUUAUUCAAGGAACUGUUUAUUUUGUUCUUGCGGUCACUGCUCUUCUCAACUUGAUAGCCUUUGCUGUCACCAUGCGUCGCUGCUUUCUGUAUGUAGCAGUCGCUUUCACAUUUUUGGCUGGAGCAUAUUUGAGUUUCUUCCGUACGCAGAUCAGGAAACAGUUCCAUAUAAGGGGUAGUGACAGUUGUAUGGAUGACUGUGUCAAUCAUCUGAUCUGCCCCUGCUGCACAUUAUGCCAGGAGUCCAGAACAUUGGAGAUCAACAACGUUCAAGAUGGCGUCUGGCGAGGCCGAGGCGACACUACUAUAUGCAUUGGCAGUUAUGGCGAAGGGAGCAAAGGCUUCUUUGAGCUGUGCCAGCCUCCUCUAGUUCCAACCAAAUCCCCUGACCCUUGCAGCAUGCAGAGAGCGAAAAAUGGUAGUGACCACUCAUGGAUCUCUGAUGCCGGCCAUUCCGAGCCAUUGGUGCCUCAGUUGCAAGAGUAGUUAUGUUCCACAUCUCAUGCAGUGCCCCAUUUCCAUCACAAGGGUGGAAUGGAAGUGUUAGCUUAGCUGUGUGUGUAAAUACUGUUUACUUUAUUGCGUUGGCCACAAAUUUUGGCUGGAAGGCAAAACAUAGUUGUCGACCUGAAAGAAUGUGGAGCAAAUUUAGCUGCUCAAUGCUUGCUUGGGUUGCUUGUAAUACCCCCUCUGGGCCAGAAGUAGUUAGAGAACUUGGAGAUUGUUUCCCUGAAUGGCCUGAUGAUCUUCCAUCAUUUAGUUCGGUGGAGUGAAAUUAUACAAACAUAAAGGGUGCUUAAAGUGGCCCUUUUUUAUCUGUAUAUAUGCCACCCCAUGCAUGCUUCAUUGUUCGAGGGAUGGAAAUUUUAACUCAGUAUUUUCUUC